AUGGCCGACAUCAAGAAGUACAAUCUAUCCUUCUACAAGCUCUCAAAGGCUCACCACCCUGACCACAACCAGGAUGACCCCCAUGCGUCCCGCCGUUUCGUCCGCAUAUCCGAGGCCUACGCCAUUCUCGGCCACUCGGAGAAACGCGCCGUCUACGACCGCGAUGUCAUGAGACACCGCCUGCAAUCGCGGCAUUCCGCCAGCCAUGCUGUCAAACACCACACGAGCUCGUCUUACCACAGCACCGGUCCAGCCGGUGGUCGCCCCGCGUCGGGGCUGAGUCGCAGGCGCGGCACUUUCAAAGGUCCACCGCCGAGCUUCUACCGCAAUACCGGAUCCGGCGGAGCUGCCAGGGCAAGCGGAAAUUCCAGCGGCAGCUUCAGUGGCGGCAGCAAAAGCAGUCCCGGCUUUGGCACCGGAUCGGGGCCUGGAAACGUCAACCCAGAUGAUUUCGGCACGCGACUGCAUCCAGACACGCCGCAUUUUGACCGCGCAUCUUCCGAACGGACACAACGGCGGCUCGAUGAGCGCUCGGCACGCCGACGAGAAGCUGCUGAGGCGGAACAGGGAAUAUCUAUUGGCUCGGACUCGUCCAUGGUGGUCGGCUUCUUUGCGAUCUGCGUGGUGCUGAUGGCUAGCGUGGUUGUGCCUGUGGUGGUGUUUGGAGAAUGGCAGCGCAAGAGAAAGGAACCGGCCAGUCCAAAGUAA